AACGCCUUGAUUGGCUAUAUAAAGUACCUGAGCGUUCACCUAGCAAUCACUAACUAGCGAUCUAAUAUACACGACAGAGACAGUCAGUGAUUCAUAAAACAAAAAAGCCUUACAAUAUGAAGUAUAUUAUUUUGUCAUUGGUGAUUGUGGGUGCCGUAUUUGCACAGAUGAAUGGCGAUCACGAUGGAGACCGCGAAGAUGGUGCGAUGACGGGUAUGACGUCAUCAUGUAUGAAUAAUUCGGAUUGCAACGCAGGCUGGUGUGUACACGGGAUGUGCAGAUGUCCACAAAACCACUAUGGAGACAACUGUGAAGACGUGAGCCCAUUAAGGUGUAUUGUAUGUGACGGGUUUAUGCAUGAAUCUAGUAUGUGUAUGACUGGAUGGGCAAUAAACCAAGACAUCGACGUGGAAGAAUGCGAGGCCCAUCAAACAUACUGCAAGUCCGAGGUUUGGUUCAAAGACGGCAUCCCAUGGGUUAAACGUCAUGGCUGUUCCGAAAACUGCUGGGAGAAAGAAGGAUGUAGCCCUGAUGCUGAAGGACAUAACUGCGUCGCAUGCUGUAACUAUGACUACUGUUUGGGUGGAGAGAGAUAUAUGCUCGGCGGAUCAGAUGCAAUCACUCCCAGUCUCGUCGUUAUCAGCCUUGUUUCUAUGUUCAGUUCUUUUUUCUAGAUGAAUG